AGCUCCUACUGAAACAAGCCAGCACGACGAUGAAGAAGCGAUCGAGCUCGAUGCAGACAACGGUGCCUGGCGCCUUCUUUGGCAAGAAGACGCCGCCCAAGAAGCCCGACGCCGAGACGCUGCGGCGUGGCUCGAGCGCUAUCGACACCGACUACCUUGCGUUUCAGACGCCGCAGCUGUCCAAGACACUGGAGGGCUUUCCCGACCUCUGCAGCGCGAUUGCUGUCGGCGACGUGGACGAAGUCCGCGCGAUGCUGCAAAACGCCAAGCAGGACGCCAACCUCGCAACGCCAGGCGGCGACCUGCCGCUGCAUGUUGCGUGCAUGCACAGCCACACACACAUCGUGACGCUGCUCAUUCAAGCCGGCGCCCACAUCAACUCGAUGGACAAGUAUGGCGAUACGCCGCUGCACUUGGCCUGCCGUCACGCCAACGUCCGCAUCGUCCAACUGCUGCUGAACGAACUCGCAUCGACGGCCAUUGUCAAUCGUCGAGGCUGGACUGCGCUCGAAGAGGCCGAGGAGCGCGCCCGCCAUGACGAUGUCGGCAGCUCGAUCUACCACAUUGUGCUCGAGGCCAGCAUCCCCACAUCAGCGUCGUCGAAAGAAGCGUCCGAGCCCGUGCGGACGCGCAGUCGGACCUACUCGGUGUCGCUCGAGAAGGAUCCAUCAUUUGUACAGAGUGUCAUUGCGUGGUUCAAAAAGCUCUAAUAUGUCGAAAAGGAACAAGAUGCGCAUGCGACCGAAGCAUGUCGCCCUGUAAUUAUAACGCGUUCCGUGUCUUGCCUCCA